CCGAACGACAGACAGUACUACUGGUAGCUAUUUACAACCACCUCCCAUCGUUGCUGAGGUACUGACACAUCGUUCCAGCUGACCAGCCCUUUUCUCUGUAUCCUACCAUUCCGUGAUAAAUGACCUCUCCACCGCAUUCUCCUCCACCUCGCAAAGUUACAUGCAACGAACCAGAAAAUGAUGAUCCGUCUUCGCCACCUCUCUCACCUAAACGAUCUUUUGCUCUCACCGACGAAGUAGAUCAUGUACCAACCUCUCUUGGUUAUUUCAAACGUCGCCAUGUCCAUAAUGAUCGCGAACCCGUGAAACGAGCACCGCUUGAGAUUGACAACAGGCCCCACAAAGAUCCAAGAUGGUCAGAAACAUCAUUGCACUCCCUUGCUACUGCCCCUGAACCAUGGUCGUGUGACACAAACCAUAGCAUCCCAAAAAACGGAACUGAGGAUCAAUCCAUAUACUCGCAGUCGCCCGCUGUUCAGAGUGGUGAUACUGAUAGUAUAGCUGGAAGUGGUCGCAAAGAACGACCGCCACUCACCCGUGACGCAAGAUAUAAUAGCUCCGAUGCACUACAGGAAUUGGUUCGUGCCUCAGCGGCUGGAUCUACAGGAGGGUGGCCAUCACCGUCAAAGUGCCGGUCCGACCUCACCUCAUCAGAGCGCAUGACAUCGUCUCGCGAGUGGAAUGUGGACAAGGUGACGCAACCCAUAACAUCCCGUGCUCCCUCCAUGCCAUAUGUUUGGCGUCCUCCUCGGGAUUCCUGGAAGUUCAAAUCUUCGUCUGAUGGACCUGUGCGGACAGUUCAUGGUCUCGUGGAUCACCGCAGUGCAAUAUUUGAUACUUUGGUGCCACCUGGACUUACAAGACGUAGGGGAUCCGUGCCCGAUACAACUGGAAGCCGCUCUUGGUCGCCGACAUCAGGCAGUCAGGCACUACGUGCUGACGAACCCUCCAAAUAUGAACGACCCAUAGGCACCGAACAAAGCAGAGUGGUGUCGAUGACACGACGAAGAUCCAGAUCGUUGCCUCUUGCAAAAUCACAGCCGUCUUCAUCAAGCGAUGCAGGUAAUAGUACCCGAAGACAUUUCUCUCUAGAUUCCAUUGGUACAUGGCAUGGUACCUACCUCCCGGGAGAUCCACUCACUUGUGGUGUAAAGGAGGCGUACCCGCCUGAUCUACCGAUUACUGGUGAUGAGUUUUAUCGUCUUUUACGACAGGCCCAUUACAAUAAACAUACUUCAAAUAUCUUUUCUCCUCUCAACCCCCUCCGAAACCCACGGCCCAGCUCCUCCCUGACUGCUAAUGCGACCUAUCAGCACUUUUUCCCAUCUAUUCAAUAUACCCAAACAACCUAUCAAAAUUCAAAAGAGGACCAGAGCAGCGUCUCAGAACGUGAGGGUACUUUCGUCAUCUGCGAACUCCGCCAGCCGCUCGCAGUAGCAUCGGAGAGCAUGCACUGCCAGGGGUGUCAACGCGACACCUUGCGCAAACGACUGUUGGCCAGCAGUUAUCGACGCAUGCGUCAUGCUGCCAGCAUGUUGAGGACCGCCCCCAUCGUGCACAAUUCGUCAAGCUCGCCCUGCUACAGAAUUGAAGAAGACGAGAAAGGUCUUUGGGAAGAGGUGAUAGUUGCCACCUCCGUCGAGCUCUUUCCGGGCAGUCCUCGCUGGCGGGACUCGGAUGACUUUGGUGACAGUGAUGACUACCCGGAGAUACCAGAUGAGGAUCUAUUUUUGGACGAAGAAAAUGUGUUACUUGGACCGGGGGAACUCGUAUGCUGAGGCUUCAUGCAUUGUAUCAACAGAAAGCUUUCAAGAACACUAAUGCUAAUCCAAUGCUACUUGUACAGGAGUGUGUCUGUAUCAUUACUUCUCGUACACGAACUUUCUAUUUGUAUAUCAUGAAUGAGAAGACUAAAGCGCUGACCUUGUGUACCAAGAA